CAGGGGGCGGACCGCUCAGCAGAAACGGGCUGGAGAGUUUGGGGCAGUGAACGGCACGAAACUCUCUCUCUCUCUCUUACACACACUCGCGUUCCUCCAACAGACAUUUGUGGAUAAAAUGUUGCCCUUUUUUUCGGCUUUUGUCUUGGAAUUGUGUGCCGUGAAACAGGAGUGUGGAUAUUCCGUGUUGUGGGAUGGUCUGCCCAGGAGGAGGAAAUGAAAGUUUGACUUGGAAGGAAAGGUCUGUGUUGUUUCUCUGAGGAUGGAUGUUUUCCCCAUAUGAAGCAGCACUGGGCCUGAGUGGACUUGCCGCUAAGUGAAGAAGUGAGCUUCCCGCAGCGGAUGAAGAUCCUUAAACACUGCGGUUUUCCUCCGCUAUGAGGUUUCAGUGUCGCUCUGUGUUUAAUAUUGGUCGUUUUCAGAGUGGCUGGGUGUUUGUUGGAGGGCGCUGGAGGAUGUGUGAGCUGCGUGAUCAGCAGUGAAGGGCGCCGGUGCGGUCACAGGAUGAUGGUGAAACUGCGCUGAAACCUGAAGGUGCAUGUGUGCGGUUUGCUCUCGGUUUGGGGAAGCCUGAUCCAGACACUGGAGGGGUGUCACACACCCUUCAGCUCCAAAGACAAUGAAAGAGAAGUCGAAAAAUGCCGCCCGGACUCGGCGGGAGAAGGAGAACAGUGAGUUCUAUGAGCUGGCCAAGCUGCUGCCGCUGCCCUCGGCCAUCACGUCUCAGCUGGACAAAGCCUCCAUAAUCCGCCUGACCACCAGCUACCUGAAAAUGAGAAUAGUGUUUCCUGAAGGUUUAGGGGAAUCAUGGGGGCACGUGAGCAGAGCGAGCUCUUUGGACAAUGUGGGCCGCGAGCUGGGAUCACAUCUACUACAGACGCUGGACGGGUUUAUUUUCGUGGUGGCUCCUGAUGGGAAGAUCAUGUACAUCUCCGAGACCGCCUCAGUGCACCUGGGGCUGUCACAGGUAGAGCUGACGGGAAACAGCAUUUAUGAGUACAUUCACCCUGCUGACCAUGACGAGAUGACCGCGGUACUGACCGCGCACCAGCCCUACCAUUCACACUUCGUACAAGAGUAUGAAAUGGAGCGUUCUUUCUUUCUGAGGAUGAAAUGCGUCCUUGCCAAGAGAAAUGCAGGUCUGACCUGCGGCGGAUAUAAGGUGAUCCACUGCAGUGGCUACCUAAAGAUACGUCAGUACAGUCUGGACAUGUCUCCAUUUGACGGCUGCUACCAGAAUGUGGGGCUGGUAGCUGUGGGCCACUCGUUGCCCCCCAGUGCAGUGACAGAGAUCAAGCUCCACAGCAACAUGUUCAUGUUCAGAGCUAGCCUGGACAUGAAGCUCAUCUUCCUGGAUUCCAGGGUGGCAGAGCUUACUGGCUAUGAGCCACAGGACUUAAUAGAGAAGACUCUUUACCAUCACGUCCACAGCUGUGACACCUUCCACCUACGCUGUGCACACCACUUGUUGUUGGUAAAGGGACAGGUCACUACAAAGUACUACAGGUUCUUGGCUAAGGAGGGGGGCUGGGUUUGGGUCCAGAGCUAUGCAACUAUUGUGCACAACAGCAGAUCCUCCAGACCUCACUGUAUCGUCAGCGUAAACUACGUCCUAACGGACACAGAGUAUAAAGGUCUACAGCUAUCCUUAGACCAAGCGACGUCCACCAAGCCAGCCUUCACCUACAGUAGCCCCUCCAACCCCAUCAGCGACAACAGGAAAGGGAAUAAAAGCAGGGUGUCCCGCACCAAACCCAAGACACGGCUCUCCCCCUAUUCGCAUUACCCAGGCUUCCACACGGAGCGCUCUGAGUCGGAUCAGGACAGUAGCCCAUGGGGUGGGAGCCCUCUCACUGACUCCGCUUCUCCUCAGCUAUUGGAGCAGAAUGAAAGCAUGGAUGCGUCCUGCGUCUACCGCCAGUUCCCGGAGCCACGCUCGCUUUGCUAUAGUCUGCCUCUUUCUGAGGAGCACCAUGCCUCUGCUGACCACCAGAGCCACACCCAUUCACAGGCCUGCGAGCGGGGGCGCUGUGAGGCUGGCCGGUACUUCUUGGGUACUCCUCAGGCCGGGCGAGAGGCGUGGUGGGGUGCAGCCCGCUCAGUCCUACCUCUACCCAAAUCUCCACCUGAGAAUGGAGAUGGGUAUGAGGGUGUGAUGCCUCAUAUCACAUCCAUCCACAGCCUGCAUGUGAGGGGCCACUGGGAUGAGGACAGUGCAGUCAGCUCACCAGAUGGUGGCUCGGCUAGUGACUCAGGGGACCGGUACCGAGGGGACCACUUCCGCUCGAGUCCUCAGGAGCCCAGCAAGAUUGAGACACUGAUCCGGGCUACGCAGCAGAUGAUAAAAGAAGAAGAAAACCGACUACAGCUGAGGAAGGGCAACACUGAGCCACUGGGCCCUGCGAACGGCCUAGCUAAGAGUCACGGCUCCUGCUUCAGCACAGAGUUCCCCCAGGCGGCCCUGCAGGGCUCCGUGUGUCGGGGGCCGGCUCAGGUGAUCAGCCCUGCGCCUAGUCCUGCCCCUCUGUCCCGCCUCAGCAGCCCUGGUUCUGAGCGGCUGGCCAAAGCCAAAGACUUUUUGCAGACUGAGCUGUCAUCUCCACAGCAGCAGCACCAGCUAGCCCUAACUGGCUCUUGCACCACGUCCCCCACCCCAGCACUCUACCCCUCUCACCCCCGCCAGUACCUGGACAAACAUGCAGCCUAUUCCCUCACAGGCUACACACUGGAGCACCUCUAUGAGUCAGACAGCUUCAGAGGCUACUCACUGGGCUGCGCAGGCUCCUCACACUAUGAAAUGGCCUCUCACUUGCGCAUGCAAGCCGAACAGCCGCCCAGCCAUAAAGGAACCUCCGUCAUCAUCUCCAACGGCAGCUGACGCUUAGCAACACACUCUCCGUGACUGGGCUUGUCCCCACUGUUUUUUUCCCCAAAGGGACUAAACACAAACUUGUUUUUUUCUUUGUUUGUUUGUCUGUUUUGAGAGCUUUUAUGUUCCUAUUUGCAUUGCUGUAGAUGAAUUCUAGAUUUCAGUAUUAAGGGAUAUCAAGGGAACUUCAUUCAUGCAUUUAAAAGGCAGUUCAGAUGAACUUCAAAUAUUUUAAAUAGUCAAUAUUUUACACUGCAUAACCACUAUUUUACAAGCGAAGCGGAAACAAUGUGGUUAUUUUUUCUUUUUUUUCUUUUUUUAAUGCCACAAAUUAUACACAAUCUGGUAGAGGAAGGAACUGGUCAGAGUAAUUAGCUUAACUUUUUCCAAAUACCCGUGUCUGGGGAAAAGACAAACCCAUAAUUAAAAUGUUAAUAUGUUAUUACAUUGAAUGUGAGUUGACAAAAAUUUCAGUGCAUUUACCAUGUCUUUACAAUCAGCAUUGCUGCUUUCAUCUUGCCCGUACAUGAAGAAGAGAAUGAAUGACCUGAUUGUCUCAAAGAAUCAUAAUGAUUUAAGUCACAUUUGCCACUUUUUGACAAAUGUGACAAAUUUCCUUUGUAUUAUGCUUUUGAGUACUGCCAUUUUAAAGCCUUCAUGUCUUCUUCAGUCUUUCUCCCUGACAAAUAAUCAUUGUCUUGAAUUUAACCCCCCUUCAAGGUAUGAAGGAGAAUGAAUAAGACAUUAAAUUUUACUGCUGCAUAAACAAACAUCUUUUUGCCUGAAAAGAAGCAUAAAUAUACAAAGGAGUAUCAAAUAUGUUCAAACUGUAGGCAAUUGCUUUUUGAUAAUUUUGUUUUUUUUUUCUAUCAUGAGUUUAACUGGAAGGUUGUAAUAAUAUCAUUACUUUGCUAUAAUUAUAGA